AUGUGGAAGAAAGCACAGUGCUCAAAGACAGGACCAGAGGACUCGUGGGCGAUGCUGAUAUCAAUACCCAAACUCCCAGAAUCAUUAUGUUUCUUUCAUUUUGUUGGCAGCGUUUCAAUAUCCAAACAACUAGCUUCAAUAAAAGCUCUGAGGAAGGGCUCAGAUCUGGAAAAAGCCAUUGCCACCGCAGCUCUGAUUUUUAGAAACUCUUCUGACCCUGAUGGUAAACUUGGAAAACCUACUGCCAAAACUCUGCUGCAGACUCAAUUUAGGAAUUUCACAGAGGGACAGGAAACCAAGCCACAAUACAGAGAGCUCCUUUCUGAACUUGAUGAGCACAUCGAAAAUAAGCUUGAUUUUGAGGACUUUAUGAUCCUGCUCUUAAGCAUCACUGUCAUGUCAGAUCUGCUGCAAAAUAUAUGGAGUGUACAAAUUGUGAAAUAAACAGUUUUAAAUAUAUGGUUGGAUAAAACAAUGACAAAGAUGGUGUUAAAUGAUUAAUUUUUUUCCAUCUUAUUUUUAAUUAAUUUAAUAUACUGAUCAUGCAUCUGGAAUUGCCUAGCAGGGUUCUGAUUGCUAAUAUUCAGACCAAAUAUAACUUAAAAACUUUACACAUAC